AUGGAUACAAUGAGUGGACAACUACUGGUUAGCGACCGGAUUGCCGGCCAUCGGCGGGCGUCCGACUGUUGUCGACAACAGUACCGAUCGGGCCUGACAUGUAUGCUUGUGUUCGCUAUAUUCUCGGCUGUGUUGGGAAUGUUUCAGUUUGGAUACAACACUGGAGUGAUUAACGCGCCUCAGAAGAUUUUAGAGGACUUUAUAGCCAACGUAUAUAAAACUCGAACCAAUAAAUACAUGACGGAAGAGAUGUUAGCCCUUCUCUGGUCGGUGACAGUGAGUGUCUUUGCUGUGGGAGGAAUGAUUGGCGGCAUAUCCGGUGGACUCGUGGCUGACAUAUGCGGAAGGAAAUGCGGACUACUUCUCAAUAAUGCGAUAGCAAUAUUCGGUGCAACCCUUAUGAGCUCAAGUCAACUCUUUCGCAGCAUUGAAUGUCUAAUUAUUGGCCGAUUCACUAUCGGUCUCAGUUGUGGACUCAACACUGCGCUCGUGCCUAUGUAUUUGUCUGAAAUCGCGCCCAUGACUCUCAGAGGAGCGCUCGGCACUGUCAGUCAAUUGGGUGUCACAAUUGGUCUGUUAUUGUCGCAGAUAUUAGGCCUGCCAGUCAUAUUAGGCACACGCGAUGGUUGGCCUUUCCUAUUAGGUGUUGCAUUCAUUCCAGCGGUACUCCAGUUAUUAUUGCUUCCCAUGUGUCCCGAAAGUCCCCGAUAUUUACUCAUAAGCAAAGGCAGGAUUACUGAAGCGCGUUAUGCUUUGCAAAGACUGCGCUGCACUUCCGAUGUGGAGGACGACAUCGAAGAGAUGCGAAUCGAAGACAGAGCUCAACAACAAGAAGCCAGAACUAAGGACAGAGACGGGGAAGUAGUGGUCACCACAACAUUCAAACACAGGCUUUGU